GCUGUUACGUUUGUAUCCCGUUUCACUAUUCUCUACUAUCACUAACGCUAGUAAUAGUUCUGUUCUUUCUUUGUUGUGUACUUUAUUCAGUUCGUAUGAAAUAAGAUUUAAUUUCGACAUUUAAAAUGUGUGGAGGAUUCACUUGCUCAAAAAAUGCUCUUACAGCUCUUAAUCUUGUCUACAUUCUUGUUUCCUUUGUUCUAAUUGGAGUAGCUGCAUAUGGAAGAGUUGCAAGUAUAGUCUCCAAUUUGGCCAUCGUUGGAGGAAUAAUUGCAUGUGGUGUAUUCCUGUUUCUGCUUUCCCUGCUUGGACUCAUUGGUGCCAUCAAACAUCACCAAGUUUUGUUAUUUUUUUAUAUGAUAAUUUUGUUCAUCUUGUUCAUCAUCCAAUUCAGCGUUGCGUGUGCUUGUCUUGCAUUUAAUGAAGAUCAGCAGCACAAGAUUGCUGUCAAAGGAUGGCGAAGCUCUUCUAAUGAACUGAAAAGUGAAGCUCAACGUUUCUUUAACUGUUGUGGGUUUGAAAACUACACUUUAGGACCAGAGGAGAAAAUGGGACAUCCAUCCUGUUGGGGGGUGGCUAGCUGUUGCACUUCAGAAAGACAGUGUAAUGUUGACUGUGAAUUAUGUGGACCAAAGCUGCUGAAUGCUAUAAACAGUGGUCUUCAAAUAUCGGGAGGAGUUGGCCUCUUUUUUAGUUUCACAGAGUUUAUUGGGGUUUGGCUGACAGUACGUUAUCGUAACCAGAAAGAUCCCAGAGCUAACCCUAGUGCUUUCUUGUAAUACAUCUUUUGGGUUAACCAGGUGAUCAGUGUAUGGCUUGCCUACAGGUUUCGAGAGCAGAGGGAACCUAUCUUUGAUUCACAGUCAUUUUUAUAAAGUGGUAUAUAUGUUUGCUGCCAAAAAUUAGGGUUGUAAAGGAUCAUUUCUGGCUGUAAUAUAAAGUUUUCUUAAAAAUAUUCAAUUUUUCCCUACUACAGUGCUAGUGGUUAUUUAUUAUCGAUAGAAUGAUUUUCAGUUUAGUUUUUGAAAACUCCUACCAAAGUAUCUUACUGUCUGUUAGGUGUCAGUGUAAAUGUAGUACAUUAGAUGUAUAACUAUUUCUUACAUUUUCUCUAAAUCUUCGUAGUUAUUGUAGGUAUGAUGUAAUCGUGAGAUUUCUUGUUGAUGAUUCAAUUUAAAAUAGUAGUUAAAAUUAGCCGUCUUAUAAUAUAAACUUUAUAAUAAUCAUUUAUUUGACUUGAUAUAAUUGUGUGACCCAGUAGUGAUGGUCUUUUCUUUCAUGUUUUAUUUGAAGUGUAACGUUGCUACUACUAGAAUAGUCACAGUGCUAUCAAUAUUUUUAAUGGUAAAUGACUAGUUUUUCCAGCUGUCUUAGCUGAAUCAUGGUGUGUCCUACGAGUUUAAAAAAGUAACAAGAUGAAAAUUCUGUAUUUACGCCUGUACCUUUUUUUGUACAGUUGUAAAAUGAUUCAGAAGUUUGUAAAGUUUCAGUUUAUUUUAAAGCUUUUUAAUACCUACAAGCUGUUUUGAAGACUUAUUACUAAACGAGUUACUUCAACGAAUUUAAUAGUACUAGUACUUACAAUAUGUUGACCAGUUCUUAGAGUAGUU